UCCUUCAUCUUAACCAAAUUCCCAUUUCAAAUUUCCUUCCUUCAUUGAUUUUUAUGUUUUUUUUUAAAUCUCUCUGCAACAUAUAUCAGUUAAAGCUUCAACCUUUAUACCCAAAUACAAGAUUUUGAUUUUAAAAAAGCAUCAGUCUUUGUUCUUUUGUGUAUAAAUCACGAGAUUUGUUUGGUUUCUAAGAAAAUAUUUUAUUCGUGUUUGGAAGAUUUUCUUCACUAUUUUAGAGGGUGUCUCUGUUUUUCGUUCUUUCGUUUUAUCUUCCAAUCAAGUGGUUUUGAAUUUUUGAUUUAAAGAGUUACCCAAUUGGAUACGCAAUCGUUGACGCUCUAUAAAGUCUUAAUUCCACCUCUUCGUUUCAUUUUCCCGAGAAAAUGUUGGACCUGACGGAAAAUCCCAAGUUGGAUUUGGCAUCUUCCAAUGAGAUUUCAACACAAAAAAUCUCAGUUUCGAAUCAUAUAAGUGGGUUUCAAUACACAGCUGAUAAACCCGAUAGCUUUGUUAUCGACAUGGAUAGUUUCUCUCAUGGAGGACUCAAUAAAGAAAUCAAUCAAAACCCAAGAAUCACGAAAAGCCUUUCUCGUAAAGGGUCUAUGAGAGGGGACAAGAAGAUUAUAACUUCAAAUUGUACAAUUUCUAAUGAUAAAGACUCUAUUGUUGCCACUUCACCAAAAGGGUCUAACACGGUUGAAAAGCCAACAACGGUCUCUGUAGGGUCUACCGAUCAGACCAACAAUCCACAAGUUCAUCAUCAGAUCACCAUUACAACCGGCAAUAUCAAAGCUCCACCUGACAGCAGAUUCAGUCUACUACGGAGAAACAAUUCCCGACGGUCUUCUUCCCUGUGGGUACUCGAUCCCAAGAGGAUUCUCUUUCUCUUUGCCACCUUGUCGAGUAUGGGAACGAUUUUGUUGAUAUAUUUCACAUUGUCAAUCGGCAAACCCGAUGGAGAAGAGAAUGCUUUCGAUUAGUUCAUAGUCGGAACUAUACUCACCGCCAACUUAUUUGCUAAUAGCAAUACAUCGCAACAUAACAUACAACACGGUGAGAAACCGAAAUCGAAACCAACACGAGUUUGAUAACGAGGCUAGUUUGAAGAAAGAAAGAAAGAAAAAGAAAAAGAAAAAGGAGGAAUGUAAAAAGCUUAUUAUCAACAAUUGCAUUAAAGGUAGCAACAAAUCUAGAAGAAGUUGCCAAAGCUUUCUUUAGGCUCUUAGAGAAAAAUUUUGGAGAUGAGGACAAGUACAUACUUCAUUGUGACAAAGAUAUGGAAUUUGCCCAUUUUAAUGUAUGUAUGUAUGUAUGUAUGCAUGUAUGUAUGUAUGUAAGAGAUGAAAAGAACAUGAUAUGUUUUAAUAUUUUUUUGUGCUUCAUCGUUUAUGUAUCCUUAGUUGACAUAUGAAAUGGAGGAUUUAUACCA